GUGUCACCCCACCCCCACCCCCACCCCCCGGCCCGCACACUGUAGUCACGAUGGCUGCUGCGGCCUCUGCCUCCCGCGGGCUCCGGAGCCUCCUGCUGCGGCGACUGGCGGCCAGCCACAUGCCACAGCUCAGCUUUCGGCCUGUGAGCUCCUCUCAGGAGCUCUCAGCGUCCCAAGCAAAGGAACACGACUAUGAGUCCCUCAAAGUGACCGAAGCUGGGGACCACAUCCUGCACGUGCAGAUAAACAGGCCGGAAAAGAGGAAUGCGAUGAACAGGGCUUUCUGGAGGGAGAUGGUAGAAUGUUUCAACAAGAUUGCUCAGGACUCCUACUGCAGGGUUGUGGUGCUCUCAGGAGCUGGAAAGAUGUUCACAUCAGGCCUUGACCUCAUGGAUAUGGGUGGGGAGCUGUUCCAGCCGCAAGGGGAGGACACGGCCCGGAUCAGCUGGAAUCUACGCCGCCUGGUCACCAAAUGCCAGGAGACCUUCACUGCCCUUGAGAAGUGUCCCAAGCCGGUCAUCGCUGCUAUCCACGGUGGUUGCAUUGGGGGAGGAGUGGACCUCAUCUCCGCCUGUGAUAUCAGAUAUUGUGCCCAGGACGCCUGGUUCCAGGUGAAGGAGGUGGACAUCGGUUUGGCUGCGGAUGUGGGGACGCUGCAGCGUCUGCCCCGGAUCAUAGGGAGCCAGAGCCUGGUGAACGAGUUGGCCUUCACUGCCCGAAAGAUGAUGGCCGAUGAAGCUCUGAGCAGUGGGCUGGUCAGCCGAGUGUUUCAGGACCACGAGGCCCUCCUGGCCGCAGCCUUUGCUCUGGCCACUGAAAUCUCCAGCAAGAGUCCGGUUGCUGUGCAGGGCACCAAAGUCAGCCUGCUCUACUCCCGGGACCACUCUGUGGCCGAAGGUCUCAACUUCAUGGCCAGUUGGAACAUGACUAUGCUGCAGACCGAAGACAUAACCAAGUCCAUCCAGGCCGCCUUGGAGAAGAAGGACCUGAAGAGUGUCACCUUCUCCAAGCUCUGAGCGCUCUUUGCCUUGCCCCUGCCCCCACCCCACCCCACUUGCAAAGAACUUUGCCACUCAGAGCAGCUUUUCUUAGAAAAUGUCCUCUGCCAGGGGGGCGGCCAGACCCCUCAGGGAGGGGGCCACUCACCCAAGGUCACCCAAGGCAGCAGUUUUGGGGAGGACGUGGAGACUGGAGCUGCAUCCCGCUGCCUGCACACCACACGGUUCCCACUGGCCGUCAGAAGGGCAUUCGUGUGUGCUGAGGCUGGUGGGGUGGGGGGGACGACCUAUCUCGGUAAUAAAGUCAUUCUGUUAA